CGCUUCCUUAGAUUGCUCUCAGCACCGCCUGGACCUUCAGGGGCCCUUCCUGAAGGGAAGUCGUGAGCUACAGGGCUGUUGGCCACUGGUCACUCUGGCUGGGGAUGAUGGGUGCGCCAAUAGCUUUAAAAACAUCGAGAGGUUGAGAGUUCCUUGUGAUUGGAGCUCUAGUUCCCUUCGCUCUGAUCGUCACACCAGAACUGGUUCUCCUAAACUGGGCUGCUUGUUUGGAUGGCUUUGGCUUUUAAUUCCUUAACUGAAAUGUUGGUAGUUUGGGUCAGGAUUGGGAAGCUGCUGGCUCUCCAGAUGUUGAUCAACCGGCAUGCCUGAAUCAUAAAUUCAGUCCUCUUGCUGGGUUGCUUUAGGUGGGCGUUACUCCUUAUCCCGUUGAUCACAUGCCAGCAACAACUCAGUUGUUCACGAUGGAGAGGAAAAAUUAGGGGAGCAAGGGGGUGGAGGAAGGUGAGUGGGGUGCCUUCCCCCCCGCCCCCCCAUCAAAACCAGUCUAGAUUCUCUUGUUGGUGAGAAGAUCCAAAGGUCUCUUUUUUCCUAAUAGAUGGGAAACAUGAGCUUCAGUUCUUCUCUCUGGAAAAACUUUGAUUUCCAAGGAACAGGAACUAAUCUGAAUUGCUGGCUGCUGCUGUGGCUUUCCCACGCUUCUGAGGAGUUGUGUAGUAGGGCUACUUGGGGCUAGAACUCGGCCUAGUUGCUGGGCAGUUGGGGGGGGAUCUUAUCUCUGUCCACAAUGUGGCCCCACAAAGGUUGAAGAUCCCCAAAUCUUCAGUUGUUGUUUUUUUUUGUAAACAAGUUUUAUUAGAAUUUUUCUUUCAACAUACAUGUUUUAUGAACAGAGUGCUGACCGGGUCACAUCUUCUACAUCUUAUAUAUGUCAAUCUUUAUAGUCUUCCAGUCUUCCUACUUUUUCCCUAUUCAUCUAUUUUAUAUAAUUCUUUAUCACAAAUUAAUCAUUUUUCCCCAUAUCUUGUUAUUUCAGCUUCUGGCAUAAUGUUCUUUUUUUCCCCCUGUCCAUUUUACAUAUUUCCAAUUUCAGCCAUAAUAUUCUUUGUCCAUAUUUCUUUAUCUUAACAACUUCUUAAUAUGUAAACAAUAUCACUACCAGCCCUUAAUUCCUACUCUCUUACAAUAACAUCAAUUAAUUAUCUUCUCCAUUACAAAAUAUAUUUCUCAGAAUCCCCACUUUUUAACCUUUCAGCUUUAUCUCUUAAUUUAAAUUGUUUUCAAAAUUAAACCAAAUUGCCAGUUCACCCAAAUCUUCGGGUUUUGGGUGGCAAGAAACGGAACACCAGUCUUCCUUUCUGUGUUGUAGAUUUGCUUUCUGGGUGUUUAAAGUGGCAUCAAUUCAUUCGACUACCGGCUUUCAUUCCGGCCCCCAAAAGAGCUUUCUGCUGAAGUUUGUGUGAAUGAGUCAAAAAGAAUGGAAAAAGACCAUUAAAGCCCACUUAAGGAAACCAGCAGUUCAAAUCCCCCACGAGAGCCCUACCUGCCUUUGACUCUCAGUGGCCUGUUGAGCUCUUUCCAUCCAGCCACCGCAGGGAAGAAUAGCUGCCAUCAAAUAUGCAUGGAGACGGCAGGUGUCUGGCAGCCACUCGGGCAGGGCAGACGGUCGCUGGAUGCACUGCAUUCACAAUUUGCAAUCGGCAACCAACCCAGGAGAGGCGAGCCGUGUCGGCGUGGAUGACUUGACCCAACUAGAAGACCUCCAAGAAAGCCUGGUCCUUCACAACAUCCAAAGGAGGUUUGAGCGGGGGCUGAUCUAUACCUAUAUAGGUAGCAUCCUGGUGUCAGUGAAUCCUUACAAAAUGUUCAACAUCUAUGGAACGGACCACGUCCUGAAGUAUGAAGGCAAAGCUUUGGGAGAGAACCCACCACACCUUUUUGCAAUCACUAAUGUUGCCUACAGCAAGUUGAGAGAUGCCAAACUCAACCAAUGUAUCAUUAUUAGUGGAGAAAGUGGAUCAGGCAAAACCGAGGCCACCAAGCUGAUUCUUCGUUAUCUGGCAGCUAUCAACCAGAAACACCUUGCGACUCAGCAGAUUCUCGAAGCGACCCCUCUUCUGGAAUCGUUUGGAAAUGCCAAGACUGUGAGGAAUGACAACUCCAGCAGAUUUGGAAAAUUUGUGGAACUCUUUCUAGAGGACAACGGAUUGAUCUGUGGUGCCAUCACCUCCCAGUACCUUCUGGAGAAAUCAAGAGUCAUCUUUCAGGCCAAAAAUGAACGAAACUACCACAUCUUUUACGAGAUGCUAGCUGGUCUCCCCACGCAGCAAAAGCAGAUGUUUUGUCUUCAAGGUGCAGAAACCUACUAUUAUCUCAACCAGGGAGGCAACUGCGAGAUUCCUGGCAAAACAGACCUAGAAGACUUUCAUCGGCUGCUCGACACCAUGGAAGUCUUGAAUUUCAGCCUCCAAGACCAGGACAGCAUCUUCCGAAUCCUGUCUUCCAUACUUCACUUGGGGAACGUCUACUUUGAAAAGUAUGAGACUGACUGCCAGGAAGUGGCCUCUGUGCUGAGCGCCAAGGAGAUCCGGGUCGUGGCUGAGCUGUUGCAGAUCUCUCCUGAAGGCUUGCAAAAGUCGAUCACCUACAAAGUGACGGAAACGCUGAGGGAGAAGAUUUUCACACCACUCACUGUGGAAAGUGCCGUGGAUGCCAGAGAUGCCAUUGCCAAGAUCCUUUACUCUCUGCUUUUCAACUGGCUCAUGGACAGGGUCAACAAGCAGAUGAACCCCAAGCAAAACACCUUAUCGAUUGCCAUCUUGGAUAUCUACGGCUUUGAGGAUCUUGGUUUCAACAGUUUUGAGCAGCUGUGUAUUAAUUAUGCCAAUGAAUAUCUCCAAUAUUUCUUUAACAAGAUCGUCUUUAAGGAAGAACAGGAAGAAUAUAUCCGUGAGCAGAUUGAAUGGAGAGAGAUUGCUUUCACGGACAACCAACCCUGCAUUGAGCUGAUUUCCCAAAGGCCUCACGGCAUUUUGAAGAUCCUGAAUGACCAAAGCAGUUUCCCUCAGGCCACAGAUCACACAUUCCUUCAGAAAUGCCACUAUCAUCACGGUUCCAACCCCCUCUAUUCCAAGCCAAAAAUGCCACUGCCGGAAUUCUCUAUCAAGCACUACGCAGGAAAAGUAACCUACCAGGUGCAUAAAUUCUUGGAUAAAAACUACGAUCAAGUUCGCCAGGAUGUCCUCGAUCUUUUUGUCAACAGUAAAAUCAAAAUGGUGGCCAGCCUCUUCUUCAGCCAUGCUCAGCUGGUGGCUCAACAGAGGACCGUGAUGGGAAAAAGCAGCACCAGCAAACGGAAGUAUAAGCCCCAAACGGUGGCUGCAAAGUUCCAGCAGUCGCUUCUGGACCUGGUGGAGAAGAUGGAGAGAUGUAAUCCUUUCUUCGUUCGCUGCAUCAAGCCCAACAGUAAGAAGGAACCAGGACUGUUUGAGGCCGAUACGGUCAGCAACCAGCUACGAUCCUCUGGAAUCCUGGAGACCAUCCGAAUCCGCAAGGAGGGCUUUCCUGUCCGGAUCCCCUUCCAAAUCUUCAUUGACAGGUACCGCUGUCUUGUGGAUAUCCGUAGUGACAUCAUCCCGGAUGGGUGGAAUUCUGUGGGGGUGCUGAAGAAGCUAUGUCCGGUCACCCCAGAGAUGUACCGCAUUGGCACAACCAAGCUCUUCAUGAAGGAAAGCAUCUACCAGCAAUUGGAGGCCAAGCGGGAACAGAUUGUCCACAUGGCAGUGGUGACCCUCCAACGUUACGUCCGUGGCUUCUUGAUAAAGAAACGCUUUUAUGCCUUACGCUGCAAGAUUAUCCUCUUUCAAGCCCGGGCACGGGGUUACCUUGUCAGGCAAAAAUGUGGGAGGCUGCGUCAGACGCUCAUCAAAUUCAGAUGCCUGGUACGCAUCUAUAUGAACCGCAGGAGGUACCUCAAGAGGAAGGAUGAGGAGCGUCGAAUUGCAGAACAGGAGAAGAAAAAGGCAGAGCAGGAACUGAGUCAGCGAGAAGUGAUGAAAGUCGCAGACUUGGAAAUCCCAGCUGAUCUGGUUGGACUCUUAAACACAGUGGCUGUUCACAAGCAAGUGAAUGAGGACUGUGUCAUGCCUGUCUCUCCACCCAAGAUGAAGGCCGACUCCCAGCUCACCCUGCCUCUUGACAUCAACAAUUACCCCAUGGCCAAGUAUGUGCAGCUCCACUUCAAGGAGCCACUUUGGGGGAUGCUCACGAGGACUCUAUCCUCCCCCCUGACUCAGUUAGAUGAGAGCCUGGCCCCUGAAGCUCUUAACCUCUUCAAGCUGAUCCUCCGGUUUAUGGGUGACACCCAGCUCAAUGGCCUCCAGGAGAACCUGUUUGGGAACUACAUUGUACAGAAGGGGCUCUCUAUGCCAAGUCUGCAAGAUGAGAUCCUGGCCCAGAUUGCCAACCAAGUAUGGCGGAACACCAAUGUCCACAAUGAAGAACGGGGUUGGCUGCUGUUGGCCUCCUGCGUCAGCGCUUUCGUGCCUUCCCGCCAGCUGGACAAGUACCUGCUGAAGUUUGUUUCCGACUAUGCCUUUGACGGCUAUAAACCUGUGUGCCAACACAAGCUCGUGCAAGCCAUGGCAAGAGCUCAGGAUGGUGGGGAGGCCGCCCGAGCGUAUCCACCCACCCUGCUGGAGUGGACAGCCAGCCGGGACCGAGUGAACAUGGCCCUUGAUGUGUACUGCUUCAAUGGAGAUCAUUAUUCUUGCCCUGUCCAUUCCUGGACCACAGGGGAAGGCCUUGCAGAAAGUUUGUUGAGAUACAGGGGGCUUACAGAUGGAUGCCGAGGCUGGUCUGUCACCAUGAAGGAUGGUACCCAGUGGGCCGAGCUGGCUGGCCACGACUAUGUCUUGGAUCUGAUUUCUGACCUGGAACUGAUCCGUGGUUUCCCCAAGCAGAAAUCCUACUUCAUCCUGGCCUCUGAAGACCCAGAGAAAUACACUGGUGGAAAAUUAGUUUUCCAACAUGGUUUGGAUUCAGAUGGGAGAGUUCCUCCUCCGCCACUGAUAAAGGCCCCCACCAUGGCCUCUGCCCACCUGCCAGACUCCGAGGGAUAUUGCAGCCACGAUUCAGACACCUGCAGUGAACCCCGGAGCCAAAAAGGACUGGAUCAUUAUCUGGAUAGCCUCUUUGAUCCUGUGCUAUCCUAUGGGAAAGGGGAACUAGAGAAGCCAGCGGCCAUCUCGCGAAGGAUGAAAGGUGGUGGUCGUGUUGGGCAAGGCAACAGCGACAAUGUGACUGCCGUGGUCCCUCAGACUUCUGGAAAGGAGGAGGAGGCUGUGUUGACACAGCUGGCUUACGACAAACACCAAGAGUCAGCUCUGAGGAAAGCUGGGAAAAGGCUGAUGGACAGAACUGUGUCGCCUUCAGGUAUUGCAUGGAGGACAACCAACCUUCAGAAUCCAGAGUCUGGCUCCACGUCUCAGGCCGGUGGGCUUGUCCGCCACUCCAAGCUGAAUUCGGAACACAACCCCGAACCUACGCAGAACAUCCGCAACAUCAUCAAGCAAUGCCAGCAACCUUUGCGAGUUUCAGAUCCGGUCAGAAAGGAAGUGGGGAAGGCCUUUGUGAAGAAAAUGGAUCCCCACGAAGAAGCCUUGAUGAUCCUGAAGAGACAGAUGGCACCCACAGGAGGACCUGUGAAGCCCCUUCGGGCUGUCCAUGAGCCAGCACCGAGAGAGAUGGUCGCGAUGGUGAGACCAGUGGCUAGUGCCAAGGUGGUUGAACCUCCUACCGUGACCCAAUCUCUGCCUGAUGCUUCUUCAGCUCCCAUCUCGCGAGAGUUGGCAUCAGAGGAUGAGACGGUCCAGACAAAACUUUACGGUCGAAGCAGCGAGGAGUUUUAUGGGUACCACAACGUCUCCUGGAAGAUCUAUCUCAGGAAAGAGGUUUUUUACCCAAGGGAGACUAUCAGCAGCCCUCUUCUGCUGGAUCUCCUUUUUCGGCAGAUCUUCAAUGAUACUCUGUCGGACGCCUGCAUUCGUCUCACCGAGGAGGAGAAGCUACGCAUGAAAGCUCUCUUUGCGGAAAACAAGCUGGACUCCUUCAGCCCGGUAGCCGAUGAAAGUGUCAAGAAGGAAAUUAUCCGUGUGGCCCGAGAGAAUUGGGAGGUGUAUUUCUCCCGCCUUUUUCCAGCCACGGGCAGCGUCGGCACCGGAGUGCAAAUCCUGGCCGUCUCUGACACGGGGAUUAAACUCUUGCGACUGGUCAAAGGGGCCAAUCUCCCUGGGGAGCAGGUCCGGGUGCUGCGAGGCUACAGCUACAGUGAGCUCCUGUUUGUCACCAUCCCCUCCAAGAACAUGCUGGAGUUCAACCUGGCCCAUGAGAAGCUGAUCCUCUUCUCCCCCAAAGCUGUCCAGGUAAAGGCCUUGAUCGACCACUUCAUCAUGGAGCUCAAGAAGGACUCGCAAUAUAUGGUUGCCAUUAAGAACCAUAUCAUGAACGCUGAAAAUCUUCUGAGUUUUCACAAGGGAGACAUCAUUUGCCUGCGACCGAUGGAGGGCCUGGACCCAGACCACUAUUACGGCUGCGUGGUGAGGAAGAAAGUGAUUCUUCUGGAAGAGGUCAAAAAAGGCACCCUGGAUUUUGGCUGGAAGUUUGGUGCCAUCUACGGGAAGUCGGGGCUCUUCCCCUCCAGCUGCGUCCAACCAGUGGCAGCCCCAGAUUUCACACAGCUGCCCACGGAGAAGAAGGAGGACCCCAACAGCAAGCAGGCAAAGGUGGCUGGUCCAGCCUCAGUGGCCGUGGCUGUGGCAUCAGCAGCUGUGGCUCAGGAGCUGGACAGGAAGGUUGAGGCAAGUCGGUUGUGGAGGUAUGAAUGUCCUGGUGUGGCAGGAGGUGGGAUUCAAAGGAAGGAGGUUUUCCCACCGGGUGAGGAAUAUUUGGAGAGCUGGGAAGAAUUUCAGAGCCCCCCCGAGAUCAGACUCCAAGGAGGCCCUUUCACCAUGCUGGAGUUUGCCAAGAAGUAUUUCCGAGAAGGGCAGAAGGCAAAGGGGGACAAGCAGAAAUCGAAGAAGGGUGUCGAAUCUAAGACCGUGGCGGAUAUUCUGAAAUACACCAAGUGUCCCAUUCAGGAGUCACUCAUAGGAUUCACCAACAGCAGCUUGAACAAAAUAGCAGCAGAAUCCUUCCAGGCUGUGAUGAAGUUCAUGGGUGACCUUCCACUCAAAGGACAAUCUGAGCUGGAUGUGGUCUAUGCUUUGUUGAAGCUCUGUGGAAACCACGAGGUGAUCCGUGAUGAAGUUUAUUGCCAGAUCCUCAAACAGAUCACAGACAACGUCAGCAGCAAGACGGAUAGCUGCCCAAAAGGAUGGAGGCUUCUGUACAUCCUGAGUGCCUACUAUAGAUGCUCCGAAGUCUUCAAGCCCUACCUUCUACAGUUCCUCCAGGAGAUCUCGGCCCACCCUGGUUUGCAUUUCCAAGGCAUCGCCAAGGCCUGUGAGCAGAAUUUGCUGAAGACUUUCAAGUUUGGGGGCCGCUGUGAGUUUCCUUCUGCUGUGGAGCUCCAAGCCUUGGUGGCUGGAAGAAGUUCAAAGCGCCAGCUCUUUCUCCUUCCAGGAGGGAUCGAAAGGCACCUCAAAAUCAAGACUUGCUCGGUGGCCCAGGAUGUCAUCGAAGAGAUUUGCUUCGAAAUGGGUCUGCAGCAGCCGGAAGCCUUCAGGGAAUACAUCAUUUUUGCUGUCUCUGGUAAAAAUCAGAACGUCCGGCCUUUGGACAGGCGGGAGUACAUCCUGGAUGUCACUCUGGAAAUGGAGAACAUGGACAGCAGCUACAUGUUCUGGUACCGGCGUGUGAUUUGGGCCCAGCCGCUGAAAUUUGACAAUGAACUCUACGUCACCAUGCAUUACAACCAGGUACUACCUGACUAUCUGAAAGGUCUCUUCUACAUCUCGUCUUCUGCAAAGCCAAGUGACCAACAGUUCCAGCAAAUUUCCAAAUUGGCUGCUCUGCAGCUCUGGGUGAAGGGCCUGGCAACCUUAAGGGAAAUUCAGGACUACAUCCCACCCCAGUUCUACCAUCUGCAGAAGGCUCAGGCGUGGCUGGACAUGGUGGCCCCCUUCAUGCAUCAAGCACAAGCCUUGAGCGCCCACCAAGCUCGGGCCCAAUUCUUAGGGCUCCUGAGCGCCUUCCCCAUGUUUGGCUCUUCAUUUUUCUACAUCCAGAGUUGCAGUAACACCACCAUCAUUUCGCCCUGUAUCCUGGCCGUGAACCAGAAUGGGCUGAAUUUUCUCCACAAGGAAACUCAUGAAGCCAUUGUGACGUUCUCUCUGAAGGAGAUCCACUCUACUCGGACCCAGAGACCCUCAGCCGGAUCCAGUUACCCCUAUGUCGAGAUUAUGCUAGGAGACCUGAUGUCUCACAGGAUCACACAGCUGCAGCUUAAGCAGGGCCUGGAACUAUGUCGUGUCAUUGCCACCCACAUGGAGAGCCUGCUGCAUGCCCGUGAAAAGCAGCUCACGCUGCCCCCAAGCGAGAUUACUUUGUUGUGACUGGAUCUGCUGCUCUGCGUCUCUCUCUCUCUUUCUCUUCCAGAUUCCAGAACAGAUCCUGGCUCUACUACUGGAAGAUAUAGCUGAGCUGUAAACAGCUCAUCCUAUAGGAUUCAGUGACGUCCACAUUGUCAUCUCCAGAUUUAGGGGUGGGAAUGUGAGCAAGGCGACUUCAGGGCAUCACAUCCGGCCGGUUUGUGUGAUGUAAUGGAUGCUUCUGUUUUUCCCAGCUCCCUUCAGAUGCUGAAUUGGAAAAGGGAUCACUUAACUUAGCGGCAAUUGCAAAGAACUUUUAGAAGCAUCUUGUCUUUUUUUUAUGUGGACUAGAAGCAUCUAUUGAUGUUUCAUACAGAGUUAUUCUAUAUGAACCAGUUGACUUGGCCAGCAAAAUGUCAGCCAGACAGCACAUUCUCCAUUGGGUGUAAAUUGGUGGUUAUGGCCAAAGCGAGAAAUUAUUUUGCUGUAGCAGGCCAAGUUUUUACUUGGCUCAAUAUUCUGUUUCAGACAGCUGAUGGCCAGAUGUUAGAUAGAAAUGUCUGAGCAAAAUAGGAUGAUGUUUUACUCUAUUGUUUGUAUCCAGACUAAAUAUAUGUAUAAAAAAGUUUUUUGAAAUUUUUUAAAUAAUUAUUUUCCUCCUGUUUUAUGGUCUCUCCAAACUGUAACUCUUUACUUAUUCAUUAAUAAAAGCAGUCGAUCCAUCUUUAGACAAUGUUUCCUAUUAAGGCAAGAUAUGGCAGCUGUAUUAAAUAGCGGCUUUGGAAACAUGACAUCAGAUUGUGCAAGAAGACGCAGGUAGCCCUCAUCUUACGACCGCUUGUAUAAUGACAGCAAAAGUAUGGCAGCAUUGAAAAAGGGACUUCUGAGUGUUCCCUUGCGGUCACGUAAUGGCAACUGGCAUGUCUUCAGCAGCCAGAAGAGCAAAG